GUCCCCCCCUCGCUCUGUUGGGAAGAGAAGAAAAUAAACCUAUUGCCGCUAACCAGGCUAGUUAUGGAACCGAGCCCUAAACACUUAUUUUGUCACCUGUGACUCACCGAGCGGUGCUUUUUCUGCAUGCGGCGCCACGACGCGGGGGGGGAAAGCGCGGACGCCGUCUAAUUUUGCUGCCCGUUCAUUCCUUAAAAGUCAAGUUGAAGACGCAAGCCAGGAGGAGGUUUUAUUAGCUAACCUAUGUGCGAGCUAGCUAACUGGGCAAGCCGUAGCCUAGCACAGAAGCACUGGAUGAACUUCGCAUGGAUUGACUGCUGCGAAUGGGAUAGUGCUCCGCUGCCGGACUGCAAGCUUUUUGAGGGCUGGGUCUGACACGUAGGAGUGCGUUGUUACUUCAUAGACACGAUCGCCUCAAGCCUUAAAAUAGCUGCACACGCUGUUGAUGUGGCGUGCGCCAUCGGGUUAUUGAUUUGGGAAUCCACUGGCAAGCUAACAGGAUACUAGCCACCUCUCUCGCCUCCCCGCUUUGUGGUCGCAGGCCACUGACUGAAAAGCAUUCAUCACUGGCCGGGUGAUGAGAAGGCUGGCUUGAUGGCAGCUAAUUAUUUAUUGAGGAGAAGCAAUUGGAUACAACUAAACAAACAAGCCAUGGGCUUGAUUUAAACCUCGCAUCUAAGCAAUUUAACUCAUGCGCGGCCGUUUUGCCUGCUGGAGCUUUUUUCGUAGUCGGGAUAGACGAGACAGACCAGAAGACGGCGGGAUUAUUCGGUGUUGAUUGGAAAACGCACGAGAAGUUACUCCCGGAGAUUUUAUAGUCGAGGAAGUAGAAUGUCUGCCGCAAAAGAAAACCCCUGCAGAAAAUUUCAGGCGAACUUCUUUAACAAAAGUAAAUGUCAAAACUGCUUCAAACCGAGGGAGCUGCAUCUAUUGACGGAUCAGGAUUUGACACAGGCUAAACCUAUUUAUGGUGGAUGGCUGUGUUUGGCCCCUGAAGGAACUGACUUUGAUAAUCCUAUGCACAGAUCUCGGAAAUGGCAGCGAAGAUUCUUUGUUCUGUACGAGCAUGGCUGUCUGCGCUUUGCCCUGGAUGAAUCGCCAAGCACGUUGCCUCAGGGCACGGUAAACAUGAACAGCUGUACAGACGUCAUUGAUGCUGAGCCCAAGACAGGCCAGAAGAACUCCUUGUGCAUCAUCACCCCUGACCAAGAGUACUUCAUCAGAGGCGAGAAUAAGGAGAUCAUCAAUGGGUGGAGUGAUCAGCUGAUCGUAUACCCCCGAACCAACAAACAGAACCAGAAGAAGAAACGCAAGGUAGAGCCUACAACUUCCCAGGAGCCAGGCCCAGCCAAGGUAGCGGUAACGGGUUCUGGUAUCCCUGAGGCUGAGAAAGUUCCAGACUCCAGCUCCAUAAUCUGGCAGGAAGAGUUGAACCAGAGAGAGGCUGAUGGGGCCGCAGUCUGGGCUGUUACUGAACUCCCUCCAGGUUCCCCUGCAGGUGAAUGUGGGCCUUUGAGUCAGAGCUCUGAUGCCAGUUCGGUUAAUGGUGACGAGGUGGACCGGGGUAGCCUGGCGCUGCACGCCUCGGUUCCCCAGGCAUCUAGCGACCUGCUCUCACCUACGGGCUCCUGCUCCAGCCUAGGAGGUGUCCCACGGUGCCUCUCUCCUGCCCCCAGCGAUCCCUUCCCCUCAGGCAGCUCCUUGCUCUCCAAUGGCUCCCACAUCAGCGGCUCAGUAAGCUCGCUGGACUCGGAUGCCAGCGGUAGCACAGUGACCAGCACUGACAGUCACCCAGCUUCCCAGAGAGGUAGCCACUCCUAUAGCCACCAGGACACGCCAAGAUCCAGGCGCUUAGAGGCUGAGGCCAGGAAGGCGGAGAGGAGGAGCCGGUUCAGGAGCCCAGACAGGCAGCAGAGGGAGGCUGUUCUCAGCCCCGAGAGGAGUCGCUCCGGUGUCAUUGAGAAGCUUGAGGCCCUGGAACUGGAGAAUGCAGAGAAAAUGGAGGUGGAGGAGUCGGGGAGGAGUGGAGCCAGACAGGGUCGAAGUGAGCACAGGCGCUUCCACCUAGAGGAGCAGAGGCAUGAUGUGGCUGAGGGUCUGGAUUUUCCCUCCACCCUGCCCCCUCUGAGGAGGGCAAAGUCCCUUGACAGAAGAACCACUGAGUCAGUCAUGACGCCAGAUUUGCUGAACUUCAAGAAAGGUUGGAUGGUGAAACUGGAUGAACAAGGACAGUGGAAGAAGUACUGGUUUGUUCUGACAGAUCACAGCCUGAGAUACUACAAGGAUUCAAUUGCAGAGGAGGCUUCUGAUUUGGAUGGUGAAAUUGACCUGACUUCCUGCUCCAAUGUAACCGAAUAUCAGGCUCAGCGCAACUAUGGUUUCCAAAUACAUACCCAGGAAGGAGUGCAUACUCUGUCAGCCAUGACAGCAGGUAUACGCAGGAAUUGGAUCCAAGCAGUCAUGAAGAACAUCAGACCUUCCACUGCCCCUGAUGUGGCAAGCUCAACGGAGGAUCAUGGCACCUUCUCUCCUUUAGAAGGCCUUAUUAGACCAGAUGUUACCCAAGAAUCCCCAUCAUCCGAGGCCUCGUCUGUAGAGAGAGAAUCUACACCGGGGGUCAUAAAAAGCCGGGCACGUGAACGUAGGCGAGAAGGGCGCUCUAAGACAUUUGACUGGGCAGAGUUCAGGCCCAUCGCUCAAGCGCUGGCUCAACAGCGGGCACAGGAGGCAGAGAACCUCCACACAGACUUAGGAGACCUCGAGUGGAGCAGGAGAAGGGAAGAGAGGCGGAAGAGGUAUGAGUCCGUGACCAGCUCAUCGGCAGAGCUCACGUCUGGUAAAGGAGGAGGGAGAUCAGACUGUGAGAGUGGAGAGGUCGAUUCAUUAGGUCCCACAUCUUUGGAGAAGAAUCAGAGGGUGGAGGAGGUGAUUGAACAACACUGGCGACAGGUGGAGAAGACGCCCAUACGUGAGGAAAGAAGAGUGCCUCUGCCCACCCCGGUGCACUCCGGAGAUACUGCAGAGCUGGAACACCUACUGGAGAAUUACAAGCAAGGGAUAGAAGACCUGAAGGCACAGUUGGAGAGCUGUCACCAGCAGCUCCUUGACUCCAACAAGCACAAGCACGAGCUUGAGCUCCAGCUUAGAACAGCUCUGGACAGAGAGCAAGAUGUCCGAACAGGUUACAUCUCACCGCUGGAGCACCCUUUGGUUCUAGGGGCUGAUGUGACGCCCCAGACGAAGAGGCCCGAACUGGUUAGUUCUCAAGCACAGAGUUUAACAAAGAAGUACAAGGAGACAAAAGAGCUCCUAAAACUGCAAGAGCUGAAAAAGCGCAAUAUGCAGGCACAGCUUGGCCUCUCGCUUUCUCACCUCCCCAUCAAGGAACCUUACUUCUCUGACCCCGAAAAACAAACCUUUCUGGAGGUACCUUCCCCCGAACCUGUUCAAAGAACUGUUACCUUCUUACUCCAGGACAGCGCAGAAGCAAUUCAAGAACUAGAAGACGUGAUAACUGGUACCCCUCUCACUUUAACAGAAUUGGGAAAAGUGUUGAAGUGCCAUAGUUGUACUCAAGAAACGGAGAAGUAUGAACUUGAGAAGCUCUUGGAGACCUGGAAGUACCAGCAGGAAACAGAAAAUGAGAUGAUAAAAAAGAGUCUAGCCAGGGCAGGAGAAAGUAUCCGUGAAUAUGAAGCUCGCCUCCUCACCAUGGAGGAUUUGCUGGGGGGGGUUCAAAAACACAAAAGUCUCUAUGGCCCCCUCUCAAAAAUUGAAAACCAUUCAGAGACAAAUGAAAUUACAAUUGCAAUGCUGUCUCAGAAGGCUGAACUUCUAACGAAUGAAAAUGGGGCAUUACAGCAACGAUAUCAAGAGAUAAUGAACCAGCUGACUGAAGCCGACAGAGAAAUAGACAGAUUGAAAGCUGAGCUGAACAGCCAGCAGGGCAACAAACAGCCUCAUAUGGUGAUGGAGGAGCUGAAAAGACUGAAGACUGAACUAGCUGAAAACCAAGCUAGUGCCAUAGACAGGGAAUAUUAUGAAAGGGAGCUGAAUGAGAAAUCCUUGAGACUCCAUGAAGCUCUUGUUACAUUAGAGGAACUUGGCAAUACCCUUAAGGACACUGAGAAGAAGCUGCAGCUGAAAGACGCCACCCUUAAAGGUCUUGGGUUCCAGACGUAUUAUGAGGAUGAGGAGUUACACCCUGAAAAAGAUCAAUUAAAAGAGCUGCUGGAGGCCUUGCAAGCAAAGCUGCUUGAAAACGAGGCAAAGCUUCAGUCUGCAGAGCAACGUUGUGUGGAAUUGAAAGUCCGAAACGAUGAACUAAGUGCACUAAACCAGAAGUCUGAGGAAGUUGUUAGAGAAAAGCUAGCAGAAGCAGAAAAUGAAACAAGAAUGCUGCAAGAAAAGUUAGAAAUGAAGACUGGUAGCAUUGAAAGGACAAUUAGUGAGACUAUUGAGGCAAGAGACAAGCAGGUUGAUACAAAAGGACUUAAAAUGCAAGUAGUAGAAGAGAUUGAUAAGAGGUCUGAGGCAGUUACUCAGGUUGUAAAGAUGUUGGCAAGAGUAGAUAUUAAUAUAGAGAGAAUGCUAAGUAAUUUAAAAAGCACUUUAUUUGAUUUUUUGAGAGGAGAGUCAGUUUUUGUGAGUCAGAAAGACAAGAGUUUGAUAGUGGAGGCAGAAUUUUGGAGCCAUCUGUUGAGCACCAAUGAAGCACAACAGGAUGAAAACUGGUAUAGACAUUGCAAAGAGGUGGCUGAAGAGAUGAUUGCACAGAAGCGCUUGAUGUUGUUGAUUAGUGGGAUGUGUCCACAAGCAGAGGUUGAAAGUGAGAUAGUAACUGAGACUGAUUUCACCUACAUGUACAGCUGGCUCACUAACAAUACAAACGCUAUCAUUUUUGGCAAGCUAACGAAGACCUUGGAGGAAAAGUCAAAUCUGUUGAAGCAAAUUGCUUCCAGUGUGAAACUGGACGAAAACGAGAAGCUUCUCUCUUUAGUCCUAGCAGGUUUUUGUCUUGGUCAAGAACAGAAGCCGUCUUCAGAAUAUCUGCUCGAAGCCCUCAAAGAAACAUGCAUGUCUUAUCUGACCAUUAGGCUGAAGGUCCAGCAUGAGGAAGAAUUGAAGCGAAGCAAGAGUGAAAGCUCUGACUGUCCAAAUUGCCCUAAAUUAAGGGAAGAGAUUUGUCAUCUCCAGUCCAAACUAAAAGAACUUCAAAAUGCAUCUGAGACUUCUCUGAAAGCCUGCACAGGCCCACAAACCUUGAUCCACAUUGAAGGAGAACCAAUCGAUUCACUGGAUAAAACUAUUGAGCUUCAGGACAUGAUCGCGCAACAUAGGAAGGAGCUUCGAGAAAUCAAAGACAGCUACGAACAGGAAACUGAAGCAUUACAGCAGGAACUCGCUAAAGCCGGCGAAACGCUGCGUCUACGCGCUGAAGAAAAUGUGAAAGAGAUUGACUCCUUGACUAACUGCAUGGAGAACCUCAAGAAAAAGCAUGAGAUGGAAAGGGCAAACCUUAUGGAGCGAUUCAAUCAGGAAAUGGAGGAACUAAGAAGAAUAAUGAGUGCAGCAAGUCCUGAAAGGACCUCCGUGGACGAGGGCGGCGCCUCACAAUACCCUGUGGCCCAAACCUCAACCCUGAAGGAGCGCAUUCAAGAGCUGGUGACCCAGGUCUCGGUCAUGACCGAAGAAAUGAGACGGCGUGAAGAGUUGGGUGACAUUACCACUCUACAGCUGAAAUACGAGAAAGAGCUGGAAAACCUGAAGGCUACCUGUGAGAGGGGCUUUGCUGCCAUGGAGGAGUCUCAUCAGAAGGUGAUAGACGAGCUGCAGAGGAAACACCAGAGAGAGCUGGAGAACCUUAAGGACGAAAAAGAAAGGCUACUGGCAGAGGAGACAGCAGCCACAAUUGCUGCAAUUGAAGCGAUGAAAAACGCCCAUCGGACAGAGUUGGAGAAGGAGCUGGAGAAGGCUCGCAAGGCCAACAGCAACACAGAGAACGCAGACAUAGAGGAGAUCCGCAGGCAGCAUGAGGAGGAGCUGUGUUCGUUUCAGCGGGAGAUCGAGGUGUUAUCGGAGCAGUAUUCCCAGAAGUGCCUAGAAAACGCCCAUCUGGCCCAGGCACUCGAGGCUGAGAGGCAAGCCCUCAGGCAGUGUCAGAGAGAGAACCAGGAGCUCAAUGCACACAACCAGGAGCUCAACAACCGUCUAGCAGCAGAGAUCACAAAAAUGCGUUCAAUGACAUCUGAGGAGGGAAUGGACACUAGCACAAUACAGGGAAAAGAACUCUAUGAGUUAGAGGUGAUGCUAAGGGUGAAGGAGUCUGAGGUCCAGUAUUUGAAGCAGGAAAUUAACUCAUUGAAAGAUGAACUCCAAUCUGCUCAAAGAGACAAGAAAUAUGCAACAGAUAAGUAUAAGGACAUCUACACAGAGCUGAGCAUCGUGAAGGCUAAAGCGGAGCGAGACCUGGGCCGCCUUAGAGACCAGCUGCAGCUGGCUCACGAGGCACUCGGGGAGCCUUCGCCGGAGCAGGUGGAGCGAGGGGGAUAUGACAUUAUGAAGUCUAAAAGCAACCCUGACAUCCUCAAGAUGGCAGCCGCUGCAGCUAAACGCUCAGAACGCACCAUGAGGUCAAAGUCUGUGAGUCGUGACAUGCCCUGGGACAGUUAGGGCUGCUGAGGACGUGUAGGCCUCCUCCCCCUUCUUUUAGAGCCUAAAGGAAGGGCUGACAGCGGAGCAGAGACUCCACCUGUUUGAAAACAAGGACACUAAGGAGUUCUGACAGUGAUGCAUCAUGUCGACCUGCCUUGCUGCAUGCUUAGAAGCCCACUAGAUUUUAGCUCUGUAUUUAGUAACACUACACACUGGCCACAAACACAGAUCGUAUAUUAUUACAAAAAAAAACGAAAACAAAAAAACACGACAUGAAGCUUGAAAUUCAUGUCUAGAGUUUGCAUUCCAAUGCACUUCAGUUAACUGUGACAUUUUUUUUGUUUUUGCUGCCAUGUCUUACUGUAAAUACUGUUUUUAAUUGAGCAUCUGUCAUGCAUACACUAAAACUGAGUGUGUAAGCUACUGUUUUAACUCCCUAGACUGUUGCUAGCCAGAAGGCAUAAAUGUGAUGUUUAAUGGUUAUAGCACAACUACAUAUUGAUCAGUGAGUAAUAGUUGCAUAACAAAAGCAUAGGAAUGGAUCUGGCGUUCAUGUCUGCAUGUUAUCGCGCCAUCAUGCCAGCACAGGUGGAAGCGUUGUCUGUGCAACAAGCUAAGUGCUCAUCUGACUCAAACUACCAUGUUGCUUUGCCACCUGAAUAUACAUUAACAUCAUAGAUGUUCUCUGUAGUCCUUGGAUCGAUUUGAGCUACUGAUGGAAGGACAGCGUAUUAAUAAGAUUCACUGACAUAUAUAUUUUUUUCUCACUCCAACCAUUGGUUCAGCUGUAUAGGAGUUGCUGGAGUUGGUUCAUGUUUGUAGUCUUGUUCAGUGGCAGUUCCCUUUGUAUUUAUUUAAAUGGCUGGGAUUUUUCUUUCACGUUCCCAUUCCUCUGUACUCUUAUUGUAAAUAUAAAGCAAGUAUACACCAAGUGACUACAGGUUUAUUAGCAAUAAAUAUUUUUGCACCCUU